AUGUCUGACUAUCGAUACCUCCGAUUACUAGAGCCAGGCAGCGACCUGCGACUGAUCCAAAUUCUCCCAGGAGAUGAAGGCGAGGACUUAGGGUGCACAAUUCGAACUUACGACAAUCUGAAAACACCACCAUACCAAGCCUUGUCAUAUACCUGGGGAGAUCCGGAAGCUAAAGUUAGAAUCACACUGAACGGGAAGAGGUCCUUUGUGACGCCCAAUCUCGAGAGUGCUUUGCGGAGCAUUAGAUGGAAGAGGGGAGUUCUGCCAUCAAUGCAGGAACACUUCUGGAUCGACGCUGUGUGUAUCAAUCAAGGGGAUGCCGAAGAAAGGGACGAGCAGGUCCGACGGAUGAAAUCCAUGUACCAAGACGCUGACGGAGUGGUUAGGGGACUAUGA